AUGACCACUAUACUUUAUAACCAGAACAGUAAAUUGAUUAAAUGUGAGGACUCUGAUUUAACAGAGACUCGCGAAAUUUCAAUCAAUCAAAUUAAUAAAUUAUCAGCUGCUAUAAUUGCAGAAUCUAAUCCAAAUUUUACUCCACAACCAAAUGAUGAACAUUCUAAGAUGAUUAAGAGUCUCUUUGAAAGUGGUCUAGCUAUGUUAAAACAGAAGAAAAUGCCUGAAGCAUUAAAAAAUAUUGCAUUAGCUGUAGAUAUGGCACAACGUGGUAGAGCACCUUAUGAAGCCUUUGGGAUUCAAUUACAAGAGAUUCAAUUCAUGUUGAGACAUAAAAUCGAUUUAUCUUUGAUUACGGGACGUUAUUUAGAUGCAUUACAAGAUAUAGAAUUCUUAAUGAAUACUGGGAUGAAUCAAGCAGAUGUGUAUAUUAGAAAAUCAGAUGCUUUGUUAAAAUUAUCACAAUUUGAUGAAGCAAAAAUUUGUUGCGAAAGAGGAUUAAGUUUGCAUCCAAAUGAAACUAAAUUGAAAGCAUUGAUGUUGGAAAUCAACAGAAGAUUAGCAGAGUACAAUGGUGACAAUUAA